CUAUAGGGAAAUGAAAUUAUACUUGAUACCGUUUUGUUUCACUCUCAACAGAAUGAUCUAUGCUAGAACUAGAGGAACAACAAAUCUUCUUGAGUUUAAUAACUGUCAGGAAGGGAGGCAAAUGAUAUUGAUGUUAUCACCAUGGCUACUACAAGUGACCCCUCAGUUGACCUCAUCACCAUCUCACCCAACAAUGCAAAUGAUUCAUUGCUGAAUACCAGCGACGAAUUCCGCUUUGACGAUUACAGACAGAGGGUGGUCGUUGGAAGUGUCUACUGUCUGGUGGCUGUGACUGGCUUCGUAGGGAACGUCUUGGUGAUUCUUGCCGUUAUCUUAUCGAAGAAACUUCAGACCCGCACCAACGCCUUCGUCGUCAACCUCGCCACGGCCGACCUGGUGACUUGCACUGCUGCACCGUUUACCGCGCUAGCGUUACUCAGCGAGGACGGCUGGCCCCUUCCGGAUGCUAUAUGCUCCGUAGCUGCAGCUGUUUACUUUAGCUGUCUGUCGUGUAGCGUGAUGAACUUGACUGCGAUAUCUAUCAACCGAUUAAUUGUCAUUACCAAGCCAUCAUCAACAUACCGGUCCAUUUAUACAACCAAGAACAUAGCAGCCAUGUUGGUUUUCACGUGGCUCUAUCCCAUUAUAGUCUGCUGCCUUCCUCUGUUCGGGUUGGGUAGAUGGGGGUAUUCCAUCAAGUACAAGACGUGUUCGCUAGACUCCUCGUGCGAAACGAGUAAGCUUUUCAGUUUGGUCGGGUCGCUCCUCAUCUAUCCAGUCCCACUCGUCAUCCUGUUCGUCUGUUACUUCAAGAUCUACCGCCACCUUAAAGGCCACACGAAGAAGAUGAUCGCAGGGGUCGAAUUGUCUGACACCUCGGUGUCAUCAAGUACUAGGAAACAGUCGAGGAGUUUCAGUAAACGACAAGUCGAGAUCACCAAGAAUCUCUUUGUCGUAAUGUGCGCCUUUAUCGUGUGUCUCGCCCCCUUCGCUGUCGCUAUAAUGAUACCACCCAGCGAUCCGGUUAUCCCGUGGACUGGAGCGUUCAUCAUCUUCAACAGCGCCGUCAACCCCGUCAUCUACGGGGUGAAACACCCGCACUUCAAGGAGGUGUUCCGUCACAUGCUCCGGUGUAGGUACCGUAUGAUUCAAGAACCAUCAGGGUGCCUUCAGAAGUUCAGACAUUAA